ACGGUACGAUAUUUUGCCCCUUCAUGUUUAUCUCCUUGUUCUUGUAUACUCAAUCUGUUCCUCCAAGCUGGAUUUUUCGAUUCGAUGGGCAUCAUCCAUCAGCUCGGUAGCACCAUGAGCUUCUCGAAGAUUCCAGUGCAGAGAAACUCCGCUAUUGUGUUGUGUAUUUCAAAGUUGCUGAUAUAAUAAUGGGUUCGAGAUCGAGCCAUGAAUUCAGUAACCCUUUUAGGUCCAAGAAUAGUUCACAAAAUUCCCCAUUGCUUGAUUAUGUCACGGAAAUUAUGUGACGGUAGUUUCCUUGGUGAUGAUGGGUUUGAAUGCGUCGAGGAACCUUUAAAAAGGAUAGUUUCGGAGUAUGAUUCCAACGAGGGUGAAAGGCUCCAUGUGGAUGAGGAUUGGAGCUGUAACCAUAAUCAGUUUUCGCUUAGAAGAGGGUUCUUAGAAAACGUGAAGCUAGAUGCCAAGAAGGUCCUUGAGGUUCUUCGACAAGAUGGACCGGGCCUUGAUGCUAGGUUAGUUUUAGAUGAAUUGAAUGUAAGUCCGUCCGGGAUUCUUGUCAGAGAAGUUCUCGCUGGAAUCUUGAAGAGCAUAAAUUUUGAGAAUAAAACCAGGUGUGCCAAAUUGGCAUACAAGUUUUUCGUGUGGUGCAAUCAGCAGGAGGACUACAGACCCACUUCAAAUGCAUAUCACUUGAUGAUGAACAUAUAUGCUGAGUGCCUGGAGUUUAAGGCGUUGUGGAGGUUGGUUGAUGAGAUGAUUGAGAAAGGGUUUCCUGCUACUGCUCGUACGUUCAACAUUUUGAUUCGAACUUGUGGUGAGGCAGGUUUAGCUAAGAAAUUGGUGGAGAGGUUUAUUAAAUCAAUGACUUUUAAUUAUAGGCCUUUUAAGCACUCCUACAAUGCGAUUCUGCAUGGUCUUUUUGUGUUACGCCAGUACAAGUUGAUUGAGUGGGUUCAUCAACAAAUGUUGCUGGAGGGUUUUUCUUCAGAUGUUUUAACAUACAAUAUUGUCAUGUUUUCUAAGUACAAACUUGGAAAGAUGGAUCAGUUCCACAUACUGCUUGAUGAGAUGGGUAGGAAUGGAUUUUCUCCAGAUUUUCACACCUAUAACAUUCUUCUUCAUGUCCUUGGUAAAGGAGACAAGCCCCUUGCAGCUCUUAAUCUUCUAAAUCUCAUGAGAGAAACAGGUAUAGAGCCAACAGUGCUUCAUUACACCACAUUGAUAGAUGGACUCAGCAGAGCUGGGAAUGUGGAUGCAUGCAAAUACUUUUUUGAUGAAAUAAUAAAGAAUGGGGGCACGCCUGAUGUGGUGGCUUACACUGUAAUGAUAACAGGAUAUGUAGUGGCAGGUGAGCUUGAGAAAGCUCUGGAAAUGUUUCGAGAGAUGAUUUCUAGAGAACAGGUCCCAAAUGUGUUUACAUACAAUUCCAUAAUUCGGGGAUUAUGUAAGGCACGAAAGUUCAAGGAAGCCUGCUCAAUGCUCAAGGAGAUGGAGACCAAAGGUUGUAGUCCAAAUUUUGUUGUCUAUAAUACAUUAGUGAGUAGUUUGCGCAAUGCCGGAAGAACCAACGAUGCUCAUGAAGUGAUAAAACAGAUGAUGGAGAAGCGGAAGUAUGCUCACAUACUUUCGAGGUUUCAAAAGGACUAAUGUAUAGUUAUAGGGUAGAUUGUCAACUUGGAUACGUUAACUUAUGGGUAUCUACAAAUUAUCUGGUUAGCUGUGACCAAUGACCCACUGCGGGUUCAAAUGGUUCCCUCCUCCUCUGAUAUAUAUAUUUUUUGAGCAAUUGGUAACUGACAUGUAACCUGUACGCCCAUUUUUUUUCCAUAAUACAUAAAAAAAUUACUUGUUUACUGGUUUCA